AAGCUGUUUACCACAAUGUCGGCAGCCUGACAACUAUGAACCCAAAAUAUGACUAUAUCUAUAAAUCUAUCAUUCUAACUGCAACGAGUCAUUUGUAAAUGUGAAUUAUGAAACUAAAGUACCUAAAGACUCUUCUAACUCCUCAGGAUGGAGCUGCUAAAGUCACCUGUAUGGCUUGGGCUCCAAACAAUGCAAAGUUUGCAGUUUGCACUAUUGAUAGAGUGGUUAUUCUAUAUGAUGAGCAAGGAGAGAAAAGAGACAGAUUCACUACAAAGCCUGCAGACCCCAAAUAUGGAAAGAAAACAUAUGUGGUCAAGUCCAUAGCAUUUUCCCCCGAUUCAACCAAAAUAGCAGUUGCCCAAACAGACAACAUCAUAUUUGUAUACAAAAUUGGAGAAGAAUGGGGAGAUAAAAAGGUUAUUUGCAAUAAAUUUAUACAAACAAGUGCUGUAACAUGUUUGGUUUGGCCGACAGAGCAUGCAAUACUAUAUGGACUAGCAGAGGGAAAAGUUCGUCAAGCCAAUACAAAAACAAGCAAGUCCUCUACGAUCUAUGGAACAGACUCCUACGUUGUCUCACUGACCUCAAAUGUCUCAGGGAAGGGAAUCCUCUCUGGUCAUGCAGAUGGAACGGUUGUUCGGUACUUCUUCGAUGACGAAGGAUCUGGAGAAUCUCAGGGCAAACUAUUGACACAUGCAUGCCCGCCAUAUGCCCUGGCAUGGGGUAUCAACAGCAUAAUUGUGGCUGGAUGUGAUAAGAAGAUCGUAGCCUAUGGAAGGGAGGGCCACAUUCUUCAGACAUUUGACUAUAGCCGAGAUCAUUCUGAAAAGGAAUUCACCAUUGCGACAGCUAGCCCCAGUGGCCAGUCCAUAGUCGUAGGAAGUUAUGACAGGUUGAGAGUUUUCAACUGGAGUCCUCGAAAAGGCAACUGGGAUGAAGCUUCUCCCAAAGAGAUUCCAAACUUGUACACCAUCACAGCUCUAGCCUGGAAAAAAGAUGGCUCUCGGCUCUCUGUGGGCACAUUGUGUGGAGGAGUCGAGCUGUUUGACUGCUGCCUGCGCAGGAGUAUUUACAAGAACAAAUUUGAGAUCACCUAUGUAGGGCUGAGUCAGGUAAUAGUGAAGAAUUUGUCCACUGGCACACGAGUGGUGCUGAAGUCUCAGUAUGGUUAUGAGAUAGAUGAGGUUAAGGUCAUGGGGAAGGAUCGACAUCUAGUGGCUCAUACUUCUGACACCCUUCUGCUGGGAGACCUGGUGUCCAACAAACUGAGUGAGGUGGCAUGGCAGGGCUCCGGGGGAAAUGAAAAAUAUUUCUUUGAAAAUGAAAUGGUAUGCAUGAUAUUCAAUGCUGGAGAGCUGGCACUGGUGGAAUACGGAAGCAAUGAAAUCUUGGGAUCUGUUCGGACAGAGUUUAUGAACCCUCACCUCAUUAGUGUGCGUCUGAAUGAGAGAAAGCAGAGGGGAGUGGAGGACAACAAAAAGUUGGCCUACCUGAUAGACAUCAAAACUAUUGCUAUCGUGGACCUAGUCGGCGGGUACAAUCUGGGCACCAUAAGCCAUGAUUCCAAGAUUGACUGGCUGGAGCUGAAUGAAACGGGACGUAAACUUCUCUUUAGGGACAAGAAACUCAGGCUCCACCUGUAUGACAUCGACAGCACCAAGAAGAGCACCAUGCUGAGUUUCUGUCCUUACGUCCAGUGGGUACCUGGCAGUGAUGUAGUUGUGGCUCAGAACAGAGGAAACCUGUGUGUUUGGUACACCAUCGACAGCCCGGAAAGGGUCACAAUGUUUCCACUCAAGGGGGAUAUUGUAGACCUGGAGAGAUCCAAUGGUAAAACUGAAGUCAUUGUGACUGAAGGGGUUAAUUCUGUCUCCUACACUCUGGAUGAGGGACUGAUCGAGUUUGGAACAGCCAUUGACGAUGGAGACUAUUAUAGGGCCACAGCAUUCCUGGAAACCCUGGAGAUGUCUUCAGAGACAGAGGCCAUGUGGAAGACUCUGAGUAAACUCUCCCUUGAGGCACGACAACUCCACAUUGCUGAGAGGUGUUUUGCAGCACUUGGGGAUGUGUCGAAAGCCAGAUUCCUGAAUGAGACCAACAAGAUCGCAGAUGCUGUCUCAAAGGAAAAUGGUGGUAUUGGUACAGACUACUACCAAGUGAAGGCAAGGCUGGCAAUGCUGGAUAAGAAUUUUAAGCUUGCUGAGAUGUAUUACAUAGAACAGAACGCGGUGGAUGAAGUGAUGGAAAUGUACCAGGAGCUCCAUAUGUGGGAUGAAUGUAUUGCGGUGGCAGAGGCGAAGGGCCAUCCAGAGUUGGACAAUUUGAGACGCAGUUAUUAUUCCUACCUAAUGGAGACUAAUCAGAAUGAGAAAUCCGCGGAGGUGAAGGAAAGUGAAGGUGAUUUCACUGGUGCUGUUAACCUCUACCUGAAAGCAGGACUCCCUGCUAAAGCUGCCUGGCUGGCCAUGAGCAGAGAUGAGCUGUUAUUAAAUCAUGACAUCAUCAACCGCAUCACUUCUGCGCUCAUUAAAGGAGAGUUCUAUGAGAGGGCAGGUGACCUGUUUGAGAGGAUAAGAAAUAAUCAAAGAGCCCUGGAUUGCUACCGUAAGGGAAAUGCUUUCAAGAAAGCGGUGGAUUUGGCUCGGGUUGCCUUUCCUGCAGAAGUUGUAAAGCUGGAGGAAGUAUGGGGUGACUACUUAGUGCAUCAGAAACAAAUGGAUGCUGCCAUCAACCAUUACAUAGAAGCUGGCCGCUCUACCAAGGCCAUAGAGGCGGCGAUCGCAGCACGACAGUGGAAGAAAGCAUUGCACAUACUGGAGCUACAGGAGGACAAGACUGCAGCCAAGUAUUACCUUAAGAUAGCCCAACACUAUGCUUCUGUACAAGAGUUUGAGGUGGCAGAACGUCUGUUUGUAAAAGGGGAUCAUAUCAAAGAUGCUAUAGAUAUGUACACUCAGGCUGGACGAUGGGAGCAAGCUCAUAAGCUUGCUGUGAAAUGCAUGACACAAGAGGAUGUGUCUGCCCUUUACAUCAGUCGAGCACAAGAGUUUGAGAUAGAGGGGAAGUACAAAGAAGCUGAAAGGCUGUUUACCACUGUAGAUGAACCAGACCUGGCUAUCACCAUGUACAAGAAGAUCAAAAUGUAUGAUGACAUGAUCCGUCUAGUUGCCAUACAUCACAAAGACCUGCUGCAGGAAACGCACAUUCACCUGGCCAAGGAGCUGGAGGCUGAAUCCAGGUUCCAGGAGGCGGAGUACCACUACCUUGAGGGUCAAGACUGGAAAAACGCUGUAAACAUGUACAGAGUCAAUGACAAAUGGGAGGAAGCUUACAGGAUAGCAAAGGGCUAUGGAGGAGCCAGUGCCCAUAAGCAGGUGGCAUACUUGUGGGCACAGAGUCUUGGAGGAGAGGCGGCAGUUAAACUGCUAAACAAGUUUGGUAUGCUGGAAACGGCCAUUGACUUUGCUGCUGAUAACUGCUCCUUUGACUUUGCCUUUGAGCUGGCCCGACUCUCCAUGAAACAGAAGAUCCCUGAUGUCCAUCUAAAGAAAGCCAUGUUUCUUGAAGACCAGGGCAAGUUCACUGAGGCUGAGACAGAGUUCAUCAAAGCUGGGAAACCCAAGGAGGCUGUGCUAAUGCACGUCCAUAACAAGGACUGGAGUAACGCCCAAAGAGUGGCUGAGGCUCAUGAUCCAGAAAGUGUAGCAGAUAUUCUAGUGAGCCAGGCUAAGUUCUGCUUUGACCAGAAGGAAUUCCAAAAAGCAGAAGCCUUCCUGCUCAGGGCCCAAAGACCUGAACUGGCUGUUAAAUACUACAAAGAUGCUGGGAUGUGGACUGAUGCAAUGCGGAUCUGUAAAGACUAUUUGCCCAGCAAGCUGAGCAUCCUUCAAAAGGAAUAUGAGAGUGAGGGCAACUGGGGUGUGGAGGGUAUGGUCGAGCAGGCUCAGGAGUGGGAACAGACGGGCGAGUAUGCUCGAGCUGUGGAGUGCUAUCUUAAAGUGAAGGACUCAUCUAACGUGGAUUUAAUGAUGAAGUGUUGGAUGAAGGCAGCAGAAUUGGCCAUAAAAUUUUUAACCCAUGACAAGGCUGUGGAGGUCAGUCAGGUUGUUGGGCCAUGUCUGAUUCAGCUCAGAAAAUACAAUGAGGCUGCUGAGCUCUACCUCAACCUGGACCUCAUUAAGAAUGCCGUAGAUGCUUUCAUUGAGGGAGAAGAAUGGAACAAAGCCAAGAGAGUGGCCAAGGAGCUCGAUCCAAGAUUAGAAGAAUAUGUUGAUAAACGCUACAAAGAGCACCUGAAAAACCAAGGCAAAGCUGACUCUUUGGUUGGAGUUGAUGUGGUGGCUGCCCUGGACAUGUACGCCGAGAGGGGACAGUGGGAGAAAUGCAUUGACACAGCUUCAAAACAGAAUUUUAAAAUCCUGCACAAGUAUAUCGCCCUAUAUGCCACUCAUCUGAUCAGAGAGGGAGAGGCAGAGAAAGUGCUCUACCUGUAUGCCCAGCACGGUGUGCCAGCUUAUUCACAGAACUUCAACAUCUACAAGCGGAUGUUCCUGGAGCUGGUGAGCCUAAGAGACAGGGAUUGUGCAGAAGCUUAUCGGAUGUGGGCUGAUAUGAGGGACGUUCUUCUGCUGCUUUGUGAGAACCUGACCAAGUCUUCUGAGGCUAAUUCUCCAGCCCACGAGGAAUUUGAGCAGAUGCUGCUGGUUGCUCACUAUUACGCCACCCGAUCAGCAGCCAAAGGCAUUGACCAGCUGAUUUCUGUGGCUGCCAAGCUGUCCAUCUCUCUCCUGAGGCACACAGACCUCAUUCCAGCUGACAAGGCCUUUUAUGAAGCUGGCCUGACUGCCAAGGCUGUUGGUUGGGAGAACAUGGCUUUUAUCUUCCUCAAUCGCUUCUUGGAUUUGGCUGAUGGCAUUGAUGAAGGAACAUUGGAUGCUUUGGAUCACACUGACUUCCAAGACACUGAUAUUCCAUUUGAAGUCCCUGUACCUUCAAAACUACAUGUCACAGUAGAGAAGAGGGAGGAGAUUAGGGAAUGGGUUCUGACUGUGUCCAUGGACCAGCGUGUGGAGCAGGUGCUGCCCAAGGAUGAGAGGGGCACAUAUGAAGCCUCGCUAUUGGCUACCGGCACCGGCAUCCGGUCCCUACCUUGCAUCAUAACAGGUUACCCUGUCCUGCGCAACAAAAUUGAGUUCAAAAGACCAGGGAUGGCAGCAAACAAAGAAGACUGGAAUAAAUUCCUGAUGGCUACAAAGACAACUCACAGUCCAGAAUGUCAGGAUGUGCUGAAAUUUAUCACACAGUGGUGUGGAGGCCUCCCGUCAGCUGGAUUUUCCUUCCACUAAGAUCGAGGAAGGUGCACAAUAUCUAUUUAUCUAUCUGUCGUCAUCCUGCUCUUCACUUCCUUGCCUCACAACUGUUCUGUUUACACAUUUAAUCAUGAUUUUUUUUAUUUUUGUGAUUCUCUUUCCCAAAGGCAAUGUUCAAGUCAUGCUCAUAAUCUUUUCGUCAUCUUGUAAAUCAAAUUAAAUAUUCAUCUUUAUCAUAAGGUCAGCGCCUGAAGGUUGUGUUGUGUGUUUUAACUAUAUUAUACAUAUUCCACUAUUUCUUAUAUGAGUUGGAUAUUUUGCUAUCCAAGCACAAAAUAAAAGAUCAACACUUUCAUAAAGAUUGUCAGUUUUUUUUUAAUUAUAUUUUGUGCCAGCUUUAAGACAGAUUUCAAAGACAUAGUCAACUGAAAUUAAAAUCAAAUAUUAUGUUCAUAUUUUAUGAAUAAUAUAAGUAUUGUUGUUCCAUUUGGUAUACCAACAAGGCCUACAAUUAGGUAUUCAGCAGGUUUUGAGAAUAUAUAAAAAUGUCCAUAAACUUUCUGAGGGCGAAAACCUAAUAUAAGGCUAUAUAAAUAAUAAAUAACUCUAAAUAACUUUUCAGUACCAUGAGUACCAGUGUAUUUAUUUAUAGCUAUAGUAUAUUCUGAUGAGCCAAUUCAUGGUCAUUAAUGUUCACCUGUCAAACGACGCCACCUCGUGGUGACCACACUAUGUUGUUUUCCACGCUAUGUUGGUUUCCACAUGUUCUCUCUCUCUCUCUCUCUCUCUCUCUCUCUCUCUCUCUCUCUCUCUCUCUCUCUCUCCCUCCCUCUCUCUCUUUCUUGUUCCAUUAAGUGCAUUAAAUUACUGAGCAUCUUUAUAGUAUGAAUAUUUGAAUAUGUCGCAAAUAUAUGCAUCGAAGUAGUGGACUUGUGGGUGGUUUUGAUUUUAAGCUCUCGCUAUUAUAUAACUCGAUAGAUCAUUGCACUGGGUGACUGCUUAGUUGCGGUAGAAGUAAAUUAAUUUGAUACAACAACAACAAAAAAACAUUAUUAAAUUGUCUUAAAUUUAGUUAGUAGCCUUAUAUGAUGCAUGUGGACCUGACAGUUGUGCUCAUCUCAUGUAAAAAUAUCAAUGGACAUCGCAUUGUAUAUUAUAGAACUGUAAGAAUUUUUUAUCCAGUAGCUUUAAGAUAGUACAUCAUUUAUCCCAUUUAAACGACAUACCCUAUAUGCUACUUCUCUCUGUCAAACCACUCGAAUUGUGUCCUAAAUAUUCUUUUGAUGAUAUGCUAAUGUAGGCUACACCUCUGCCAAAUGAGGUUCAUAUAACAUAAUGCGGUGUCCUUAAAAACCCUUUAAGUGAAUAUAGCUUGGGCAACAAGGCCACGGUUCGCGUCUCAGAAAAGGCCUGUUGCUAUAGAAGGCGGAAAAAUCGAUGUUCUUUCGCAUCCUUUUCGGCUUCUUAGACCUCCUCGACCAUUUUAGCGUCUUGGUUCAAGGUAACAUCAUUAAUUUCCAGCAGAAGGCUUAGGCUAUGACCCUAUAUUUCAACCAAACCACAUAUAUACACUUCUUUAUAUAAAAAAAAUGUGAAACGCAAAAAUAAAACGGCAGCCUUAUUGAUCAAGACGUAUGCGUUUAGUUCUUAUACCUUGACCUUUAUUUAUUUUUUCUUUGAAAUUAAAACUACAACUUAAGCAGACAGUAACGUUCAAAUAAUGUACAUUUAGUUUGCAAAAUUACAUUUUGAUCAUCUCCAAAUACUGGCUUAGCUUGUCUGAACAGUUAAUCUGAAAACGGUCAAUUCAUAUGGCAAAACCUUUAUGAAAUCAAAGGAAGGAGGCCUGCCUACACAUAUAUUUUCUUCUCACUGUGGUCAUUUAGUUUUAAAAAAAAUAUGAUCUUUUAACGCGUAUUAGCAAGUCACGUUAGCGGCAAUUAGUUUGCUGUCGAGCAAAUUUAAAACCCUGUGGACGAAAAUGAUUCGAUUGGCCAGUAGGAUGAGUCUUUUAAAUUCCUUUUAUUAUGACGCAACAAUAACAUCUGUAUUUGAUUGACGAACAAGAUCUGCUUACUUGUUUGCCUGAUUGUAGUUUCAGUCGCAAUCUUUCAAAAGCCUGUAGGCCCAUUUCCAAAAUCAACCCUUUUAGAGUUAUUAAAUAGGUUGGGAAUAGAGGUAUUAUUAAACAUUAUUGUAAAUGUACAGACCUGAGAAAAUUGACAUAUCAUAGGACACUUACGUGAAGAUGAAUCAGUGUGACAAAAGCUGGAAUGCAUGGCAUAUUUGAGGCGCCUAUUGAAAUGCGUUUAUUUACCGGAAUAUGGAAGUGUAUUAUUUCUGCAUGUUAUAGUAGCAUAAUAGCUAUUUUGUGUACAAAUGUCAGUGUAAAUGCAAUUACGCAAUUGCUUGUAUAGUAGAAUAUCUGUUUGACGUCAAAUCAAAUUUUUGACUGAUCAGCUGUUAAAUGAAUGUCUCUCAAUUGCACAUCCGUGCAACCUUAUAACUAUCAUCAACACCCAUAUUUUGUGUGAAAUUUUCAGAGCAUACACAGAUAUGACAGUUGCAGUUUUAGCUUCUACAAAAGAACCCAAAAGUUAUAAUUUUAGCCUUAAAGUUGUUUCGACAUACAAACGAAAUAUGAAGAGGCAAAUAUUGCGUGAAAAAUAAAAAUAAAUGAAUGUCUGCUUCGUGAAUAUGUGCUUUUAUUGACCACCUAAAAUUGUUUACAGCAUUUUCAGAAAUAUGAAUAUAUUGCAAACGUACAUGCGAAAUAUUCUGAACAUUUUCUGUGCCCUUGCCAUGAGGACACAUUACAAGUGCCACUUUGAGAAGCCACUGCUGCUGACUUUGUGUCAUUACGCAUCGUAUGCAGAAAUUCAAGAACGCCUCGUGCUGUUCAAUUUGGUUGUCAUUGUAGGCCUCACAACAUUUUUAUCCAUAUUUCUCUUACUUUUCUCCUAGAUACAUCUUGUCGUCUCACGGAUCUGCAAUAGUAUUUCUAUAGCCUAUUUUUACGCAAUAAAAAAGCAUCACUGUAGAUAACAUGUUCAACAUUUUCAUCAAUCCUCAAGCUUCAUUACUUCAUACAACUUAAUAAUGUUCAAUGAUACCGACUUUUGCGCAACACAAAAUGAUGAAAGUAUUAGUUUAUAGACGCAAUCAAAUAUUAAAGAUCAGUUUGGCCGAAUUAAUGCGUCGGUUCGCCUUCACGUCAUCACCCGCUUAAAAGCCGCUUUUAAAAACGAAUUAAAAAUAGGAACCGUCAUGCAUUACAGAGCACCGACUAUCUGCGUUGUGCUCGAAUAAAUACAGUCAUCGAAGAUAUUUGCCAUCUCUCUUGGCAUUCACCGCGUGCCUUAAUUGUAUGGACAUUUAAAUCAAGGUCCGCUGUGAACACGAAGAGAAGCAGGCCUAUGUUCAACCACAAUAUUCAGAAUCGCACAACUAUAGGCUAUUUGGCAGCUAGGAUGUUGCACCAAAAUGUCUACGUCCUCCUUCGACUGCUGGGGCAUCAGCAUCUAACAAUGCACAGAGCAUCAUGCAUCCUUAAAGCAUCGGCGCAUCAGUUGCAAGAACAAUGCCACCUUUUUUUGCAUUCUAGAAAACGCACUCACAUAAUGUGUUAAAUUCACACUAUUGAAAAUAAAUGUAAGCGUUCCUAUGUAUUACAUUACCUAUUUUUCUGAAACCGCUCGAUAGGCACGAGUGCGUUACUUCCAUAGGACGGUGCGCAUCUCCCCAUCAUAGGUGCAACAUCAGGCCCAAGUGAUGACAAUAAAAGAAAGCGCUCAAUGGCUUGCUGCAGUUGGUCCCUUGCUCAACUCCCACGAGUUACCAAAAAAAAAAAAAAAAAAAAAAACAGUACAGGGCCCAUCUGGCUCCUCACCAGCUUUGUCAAGUCUUGCAUACGCUAAAAUGCUAAUGACCUAGAUAGCUCAUGCAAAAAUGCAGCAGAGAUAAGAAGGGGUGGGGGGUGGACUAACCCGGAGACACUGCCUUCGUAUGUGGGGGGUCGGGCGGGGUAUAUGUCAGAAGGUGGGUGCAGUUGAAAGCACCUGCAUCGGGAGGGGGUAAACUAAAUAUUGGGGAAAAAAGUGGAGGGACCAUACCAAAGCCCACCUUGCACCAUACACAGAGAGGAAAACGGGGUCCCCGCAAAUUGGAUUUUAAUUAGGCGAUGUAUUCGAGCAUCUUGACAUCCACUCAGUCUGAAAAUCAAAGAACCUAUUAAUAUAACCUGACAUAAUUUGACACAGUUGCACUUCAAUGCAUUUACAGUCGGCUGCUCUAUUAGCUAUAUGAAGGAAUCAAGAAACAUGCUUUUCUUUAGUAAAAUAGUCUCAGUUUGGUGACAUUAACAAUUCGUAAAAUCAUACAGCAAACAUUGCACAUAGAUUUCUUCAAAACUUACACAAACAGUAAACCUCAAAGCAGGAUAUAAAUAAUAGUUUUUUAUCCCCCGAGAUAAUUAUUGUCCAUAGAUCCAGUUUGGGGAAAUGUCCAGUCAGUGCUGAAGUGCGUCCUUCAAAAACCAUCAAAUGUUCUGUAUCGUCCGCACGCUAUUGCGCACGGAGCACCUUGAUGCUGCUGGAUGCAACAUAAAUCAUUUCCGCUUACAGUGUUGCAUCACAAAAUGUCCUUCAAGAUUAACGAAAAGAGAAAGAAAAAUGCAUGUAUGAAGCGGUAGCCAGAGCGGGAGGUUUCGGUGCUUGUAAGCAGAGUCGGUCAUCAUGUGAAAUGGUGUGAUGCAGAGCGCGAUCUGACAGAGAGGAGGAGAACAGCCCAGUUUA